AGCCUUCUGUCCCUUGCCUCUGGUAGGUUCCACAAUGGUACAGGCAGCAUCACGCUGCACAAUGGUUUCCAGGCAGUGAAAGAGGGUGAUUCAGCAAGCACUCUUCUUUUUUUUCUCCCUCCCCCCUCCCUUUAUUUUGAUUUUAAGGGUGAUUCUUGCUACAAGCUUAUUUUUCCUUUUUCCAUUUUUUUUGUGCAAAUUCCUUUAAGCCCUCUUGACCUCCAAUUUCUGGAGCUUGAAGAAUUUUAAGAUUGCAUUUUCUGGAAAUCACCUUUUUAUCAUUAAUUCUAAACAAUUCCCCAUCCCCCAAAGAAGCCCUUCCUCAUUCCAAUUUGGAAUGUGGUUAUGAGAAGCAAGUAGGGAGUUACUUGAUGGUGCAAACAGUGCUGGACCAGGAUCCUAAUUCUCAGGCACGGCAUGUAUGGUGCCAGUGGUAGAUGGCUACCUGGGGAAGCUGGAGGCCAACUGGAAGAGUCUGAAUGGAGUCCCCUGGCACAUGAUCUGUUUCUUCCUGGCUGCUUGCAAAAUUUUCUCUUUGAUUUGGGAGCUGUGGAUCUUGGCAACCAUAUUUCUGGGUAUUUAUGAGCCGCUACUUCCUAUCCUACUUCAGUGAACCUACCUUCGAUGUGAAAAUUGCCUUUUGUCAGGUGUGUGUUUCUUACAGGUAAAACAAGGGAUUUGAUAAACAAGUGGAUGUGUCAUAUAUUGCCAAACAUUACAACAUGAGCAAAAGCAAAGUAGACAACCAGUUCUACAGUGUUGAAGUGGGAGAUUCAACGUUCACAGUCCUCAAACGCUGCCAGAAUCUAAAGCCUAUUGGUUCUGGGGCUCAGGGAAUCGUUUGUGCUGCGUAUGAUGCUGUCCUUGACAGAAAUGUGGCCAUUAAGAAGCUCAGCAGACCAUUUCAGAACCAAACACAUGCCAAACGAGCCUAUAGAGAGCUGGUCCUCAUGAAGUGUGUGAAUCAUAAAAACAUUAUCAGUUUAUUAAAUGUCUUCACACCACAGAAAUCACUGGAAGAGUUCCAAGAUGUCUACCUUGUGAUGGAAUUGAUGGAUGCAAACUUGUGUCAGGUAAUUCAAAUGGAAUUGGAUCACGAGCGCAUGUCUUACCUCCUGUACCAAAUGUUAUGUGGCAUCAAGCACCUUCACUCUGCCGGGAUCAUCCACAGGGAUUUAAAGCCCAGUAACAUUGUGGUGAAGUCUGACUGCACAUUGAAAAUUCUGGACUUUGGACUGGCCAGGACUGCAGGCACCAGUUUCAUGAUGACUCCGUAUGUGGUGACACGUUAUUACAGAGCACCAGAAGUCAUCCUGGGAAUGGGCUACAAAGAGAAUGUGGAUAUAUGGUCUGUAGGAUGCAUUAUGGGAGAAAUGGUUCGCCACAAAAUUCUCUUCCCAGGAAGGGAUUAUAUUGAUCAGUGGAACAAAGUAAUCGAGCAACUAGGAACACCAUGCCCAGAAUUCAUGAAGAAAUUGCAACCCACAGUAAGAAACUAUGUGGAGAAUCGGCCCAAGUAUGCAGGGCUUACUUUCCCCAAGCUUUUUCCAGAUUCCCUCUUCCCUGCUGACUCCGAGCACAAUAAACUUAAAGCCAGCCAAGCCAGGGACCUUUUGUCAAAGAUGUUAGUGAUUGAUCCAGCCAAAAGGAUUUCAGUGGAUGAUGCCUUACAGCAUCCGUAUAUCAAUGUCUGGUACGAUCCUGCAGAAGUGGAGGCGCCUCCUCCACAGAUAUAUGAUAAACAGCUGGAUGAAAGGGAACAUACCAUUGACGAAUGGAAAGAGCUGAUCUAUAAGGAAGUAAUGAAUUCUGAAGAAAAGACUAAAAAUGGAGUAGUAAAAGGACAACCUUCUCCUUCAGGUGCAGCAGUGAACAGCAGUGAGAGCCUCCCUCCAUCUUCUUCUGUCAAUGACAUCUCCUCCAUGUCCACUGACCAGACCCUGGCAUCCGACACUGAUAGUAGCUUGGAGACCUCGGCAGGACCACUUGGUUGUUGCAGGUGACUAGCCGCCUGCCUGCGAAACCCAGCGUUCUUCAGAAGAUGAGGAAACGGGAAAGAUGCACAACCGUGCGUGUGAGAUGUGAUAAUUAAGAGAAAAUGGGAAGAGAACAACAUCUAAAAUUGAAACCAAUCUUUCAGCUUGCUUCUUCUGCAGAGCUAUGUAUUGCAACUCAGCCCAAGUGUAUAUUUAACUUAUAAUUGCUCUGCUUUCUUCUUCUUCUUCUUCCAGUGAUGCUUACUGCAGAAAACAACACACACACACACACACACACACACACACACACUCACAUACAAUUAAAGAAGCCUUUUCCCAUAAAGUAUCCAUGAAUGGCUACCAAACCAGCAACCUGCACCCACCCUUUCACUGGCAUGGCAAGGUGUGCAGUGGCCCCUGCAUGUGUGUCUGUCUUGCAUCUACCUGCUCCUUUUGGCCUAGUCAGAUGGAUGUAGCUACAGAUCCACAUGUGUCUCUAUACACACAGCACGGCAUUUACAUAGAGAUGAUAGUCUUCAGUGCUGUCCAAAUGCAGUACAUACUGUGUUACUCUGUGGUCCAUUUCGUGUGAACUCUUACUAUGACAUAAACCGUCUGUAAUAUCUUACCAGCAUAUAAGCUGUUUAGUUUGUUAAUUAAGUUGUAUGUCUUAUAAGAAGCUUUGUAAAAGGGGAAAAAAUUGUGAGCGAGCACUCUCAGAUUCUUGAAGAUAAUGUAGCAUCCAGAUUUGAGCUGAUUAAAAUGUUAUCUGUAUACCAGUUUGUAGAGAGGAUAUAUGUGAUGUCGUUUCAUAGGGGGAACAGUAUCAUGGAGGUGUGAAAAUGGACCAGUCUGGAAAGGUGUGCAAGCACCAUAGAGGGAAAGCAACCUAGAGAGAAGCCGAGGUCUUCCUCCUGUAGGGGACAGGUCUGCCUCCCAGGGCAUGAGCCUCUCAACUAGGAUUAACGAGAGGACAUUUUCUAGUGGUUAGUAUCUACUGACUAAUGUGUGUGUCAGAAAGCUCCUGCUGAAUUGGGAUCAUCAGUGCAUACAUGUUGGCAGCAACACUCUGUCCAUGAAAAAAAAAUUGGGUCUUCUCUGUGGCACUUCAUUGUAGGAAGUUCAUUAUUGCCAGCACUGAUCCUUUUCUUAACUACUUCAGAUCCUCUCUAUUUGUUAUCCACGAAUGAGCUGCUGUCCAUAUCCAGUUAGUGAUGUACCCAGCUGGGAUUUCUAUUUUUAACAAAAACAACAAAUAACCCUUGUCCCUUUGAGAAUGACAAAUUAAGGUGAAAUCUGAGAAAUGUAGCAUGACCCUCCAGGUACGUGUGUGACAACUCCCACAAAGAUGUAAGUAAUUCUCCUGUGAGCUGUUUUGUAAUUCCCCCAUCUCCCCCAUUUUUCCAACAGUUUUUAUAAUCUUGACCUAUUAACCUAAUAAUGAAAGGGACAGCUGGUUGUAAAUUUUGGUAAUAAGGAUAAACUUGUCUGCAGUAACUUAGCGAAGAAGUUAUGGCUGCAAAAUAGUUAUAGCAAUACAAAUCCCUUUUAAAAGCCAUGGAGUAUCAGUGUCAGUGUCAAGCAACAUCACCUUACAUUAACUGUGUUUGUAAAAGUAUUUCAAGGGACCCUGUAAAGUUUACUGAAUGUCACGAAGGCAAUAACAGUGACGACUUCUUAGCAAUAACAGGGACCAGUUACAGUCUUUCCUUUUAUUCACGUAGGUAAGGUAAUCACCACAGUUACUCUGCACUUCAGCUAUUGUGGUGCUCAUUCGGGUGGUGAUAUUUCACUAGAGGAAGUUAUAAACUCUUGGGAUAACUGAAAGACAGCGUAGUUAGGGUGACUUCCAAAAGCAAUCAUUUUAAUAAAUGGAAAAACAAUAGGAAAUGAGAAAAUCCACAAAACUGCCUUAAAAAUAAAUGGGGAUAAAGAAGCUAUCAUUUUCUUAAGCAAUAGUCAACAGGGGAGUCCUUGCCCUUGAAAUAACAACUGCCAAUGGGGCCUGAUGGUGUUUAAGAUAAAUGGCUAGGUACAACCUUUCCUGCAGAUUCAAAAUGCUCUCAGAAGCUUCUGCUACUGUCAUCCUAUGUUAGUAUAUUAAAUAUCCUGAGAGGUGCCCUCUCUGACAUUUCGUCUGCCCCACUCUACAAUUUCCCCCUUUUUUUCCUUUCCCCCUUCCUUCAUCUCUCUUCCUUUUUGACCCAUUUCCAUGUUUAAUACCCGAGACUUGCGCAUCCUGAUUCUUUUACCUUGACUUUUCUUUCGUAAGAUCCAACGUGAAGACUACAGGCAGCUUUGGGAAGGGGAAGUGAGUCUCCAGAGAGGUAUCCAUAGUCAAUUCAUAGUGGACCACUCAGGGAAGUGCUAACCUUCUUUUCACAAUAUGGUCAUCUCUCCUGAGGGAGCAAAAGUGAUGAUGGUUUUUUCACUCAGGUUAAAGCAAGAGUCUGCUCUUUCCUCUCCUAGUGCUUCCCACGCCCCUGAGGCUAAUCAGGCUUCUCCUGCUUUGACAAGAUCUGAAGUUGCUUGCCUCUAGGCCUGUCUCUUUUGUGCAAACAGGACAGUGUAACCAGAGUUGAAGUGUUUGUAAGAUUGAAGCCACAUUUGGGUUACCCCUACCCUUUAAAUUCUGCUAAUUAAUUCAAUGAUGUGGCAGCAAUGGAAUUAGAGAUCUUUCUUCUCCCCCAGUUGACCACCAUUUGCUUCUAUCUAUUUGAGUAUCACCAAUAUGUAAUUUAUUAUUAUUCAGAUAUUUGUGAGACAUUUAGAUAUUUGUGAGAAAAAGAUAUUCUAUUUCGUACUUUACCAAAUUCUCUACUGCUUUACCUAAGAAACAUCAUUUCCCCUCACCAUAUAGCCAAAAAGAAGCUGUUUAUUCUUAUUCUUGACACACUCAUUGGUCCUAAUGAUAUCAGACCACCUGAAUGUAUAAACCAGAGAAGAAGGUCAUGGCUGUGGUGGAGGUCUAGCCUUGGAGCCUACAGCUGGCACAAUGAAGAAAGAAACAGCCUUCUUCUAGUGCCUUUAGAGGAAUCUGUUUCACUUUACCCCAGUAAGAAUUGGAGUCCUACCCAGAGUAUUGCCAAUACUUCCUGGGAAGGAGAAAGGGAUGUAGUGUCACAGGGAAGAGUUAAAUUUCCAUGAUUUUCUGGCAAACCCACUACUUUAGUAACUUUUUGGGUAUGUUAUGCUUAUGUGCUAUGUGGAGCAUUGUGGUAAUAUUUAUGGGGUGAAUCUUUGGCCUUGCAUCAUAACUUCCCAUUGUAGAAAACUGAGCUUAUGACAUUUAUUAACCCUGAAUCUUCAAGAAUCUGAUGAUUGAAUUUGUCAAGAUAUUCUUCAUUGUGUGAGCAGGCCAUGGCCAACUCCCGUUAGGCAAAGAAUGACCAGAUGUAAACCAGGCUGUUUAUUUGAAUAUACAGCCCAUUUUGUAUGUCAGAAGUAGAGAAAUGUCAGUUGGGGCUAUGAAUGUCACCUUUACAUCUGAUAAGUCAGAAAAUGGCCCUGUGUAUAUGAAAUGCAUAUAUUCUAUUUUGGCCUGUCAGGAAAAACAUGGUUGUAAGUACUUUUAUUUUAUUUUGUGGGGCAACUUAAAUAUUAAUUACAAUAGUCGUAUUAGUUAUACUAAACACAUUAAGAACUGUGUUUUUGACUGCUUAAAAAAACGGAACCAAAAAACAAAUGGAAAUUUAAAUCUUAAAGGAGUUGAACUUUUUGAUAGGAACGUUACUUGUUCUUUCUGAAAAGGACAUUUUUCUUCACUCUAAGGACCAAUUCAAAUUGCACACACUAGUGGGGGCUUUUUUGUUCCAAUUACGUGGGGUCUGAAAAAAAAAGAGAACUUCCUACUUGACCCACUGUACUUUUUAGCUCUGGUAGCCCAAUAUUGUACACUGAUGUUAUCCCACCAAGCAGAUGAAAUGCUUUCUGGAAGAGAAGAUAUUUACAAUGUAAAUAGCUGUAUUGAUUUUCUUUCCUAUAAUUAAAAAUGUAAGACUAUACUUUUCUUUUGAAGCCAAGCCAGAUCACUUGCAAUUCUAAACUUGUUUGACCUGGAUUCAUUUACUUGGCCAAUCAUGUUCAAAUGGAAAUCCUCGAUUUACACGUUGAAUACUGUAUAUUUAACCUGGGUAUAUGGGACUUACGGUCAGUAUAUCCUCAUUGUAAUGAAAUUUUCACAUUGCCAUGCCCAUGUUAUUACAAGACCCAACUUGAACCUGCCUGUAAUGCCAUGUGAUUGAACUUAAAAGUACAUCAAUCAUUAUUGAGAACUCUCAUGUAGUGGUGUUGGGGGGGGAAAUAUUUUAAAUGCAUAUUAAUUUCUUAGUUCUAGAUCAAUACUGGAAAUGAGAGGAGGAGAUAUGCUCAGCAUCAUUGCAAGAUGUCAACUGUGAGAGCUUGUUACUGUUAGACACCAUGGGGGAAAAGGGGAAAUUUGUGUUAAUGAAGGCUUUAACCCCUUUUUGCAUUCUCUUGUUUACUAUUUUUAAUACCUGUGGGCAGCACAUGAGAACCAUGUGGGACUCUGGUUUCUUCAACUCGUGGUAUUUUGAGGUACAAGUCAGGAGGAAUUUGUUUCCCCUGAAAUCAAAACCAAAAACCAAAAGCUUGCUGGACUUGCUCUGUGAAGAUUUUGUCUUCUUUUCCUGUAUUUUUCAUGUCACGCUGUCUCUGAAACCGGUCGCUUUGUUUCACUUCGGCACCCAGUGCUGAACAUUUGAAAUGUGCCUGUCAAGGUUCCAGGAGAAAAAAUGAAGACUGAGGACAAGAUGAAUGAAUGGCUUUGCAGGAGGAAAGACCUUUAAGCAUGUGAACGGACCUUAGAGAAACAGACACCUUUCACUGUGGAGAGAUAGUGAUAUUUAAACGUGACAGUUUUUUUUUCCUUCUUAAUGUAACCUAGGGUUCAACUGAUUUCCUCAGCAGACAAAGGGAUAAAGUGGAUACCCAAACUGCAUCAUGGGAAUGGUGGCCCCAGACAGAUGGCUUCUCUUCCUGCCCUAAGGAAGGGGUGAGACUGUUGUUGUCUGAGCCAGGAUGGGGUGCAACCUCUCAGGGACUUUUUGACUAGGCCAGCAGCAGAAGCUGAGGGGCCCUCAGGAAGGAGACAAACAAUGGAGGGGCCUGCUAUGGCCAGAGCCCAUCCCAAGACCCCAACGCUGUAGGGUGGGCCAAACUCUUCCUCUGUUCUUGACUUUGGGUUUAGUUUGGGUCUUUGAAAACAUGUCACCUUUGAAAUAAAACUAUGAUAGAUCAUCGUUUUAAAGGAUAGAGAAACUCUGGAGUAAAUGCUAACCACCUGCUUGUGGAGGUGGAUGCCGAGGGGGAGGUGUGAAGGAAAAGUAUUUUUCCUUGUUUUCUUCAGUCUCUCUCAGAGAAAUAGUUUGGCCCUGUCCCCACAGAAUACUUUGAGUGGGCCAAGGAACAAGCUGGAGAACCAAGCCCUAAGUACAUUCCAUUGUUGGCCUCUGUGCAGAGUGGAUUCAGAGCCCCCUCUCCUGAGCCUUUCUUCCUCCUGCUCCCCCCUUCCACUAUCCCCCAUCAUGCUGUGAUCCACUAGGAAAAUUUUCUGUUGCCAUCAAAGACUGGGAUAGUCUUACUCACUCCCAGGGUAGGGAGAGCACAUUAGCAUCUGAGACCACGAUUCCCACAAUUCACAGACAUGUUUCCUGUCUUUUCCCUGGCCCUCAGAAGAAGUCAGCCAGAACACCCAAUUACAUAAAUAAGGCAUUUAUAUCAGAAUAUAGUCUCGUUAUGUAUCUGCAAAUGAGUAGAAUUACCUCCUCAGUUCUGUCUGGGAGGUAACAUGGAAGUGAUAUACAAAAUCAAUACUAAAAAAAGGAAUUCAUAGCUUUCAAAGAGGAAGGUUUGGUAGGUGGAAUGGUGUUAAUUUUUAUCAAUUAUAAUCUGAGCAAUGAUUAACCACCAGAAUGAUUUACAUCAGGAGAAAGAGGGGGUAACAAAAGAGAAAAGUAUAGGCAGAAGUAUGAGAAGCCAUAUUUUCCCAAACAGUCAGUCUAUGUUUCCCAAAGGUAUUUACAAAUAAAAUAAAUAGAAUUCUA